AUGACUGAGUACAGCAUUUACCAAACCCCGCUCAACUCGCGGUAUGCGAGCGAGCCCAUGAAGCAGCUCUUCUCGCCCCGCACCCGUUUCACAACCUGGCGCAAGCUCUGGCUCUCUCUCGCUGAGGCCGAGAAGGAGCUUGGCCUGGACAUCUCCGACCAGGCCAUCGAGCAGAUGCGCGCGAACCUGGUCAUCAAGGACGAGGAGUUCCCUACUGCUGCCGAGGAGGAGAAGCGCCGUAGGCACGAUGUCAUGGCCCACGUCCACACUUUCGGCCUCGUUGCUCCCGCAGCUGCCGGCAUUAUCCACUGGGGUGCUACCUCCUGCUACGUCACCGACAACGCCGACCUCAUCCUCUACCGCGACGCCCUGGACAUGCUUUGCAACAAGAUCUGCGGUGCGAUCCACAAGCUGAGCGUGUUUGCCCAGCAGCACGCUGCUCUGCCCUGCCUGGCCUACACUCACCUCCAACCUGCACAAUUGACCACGGUUGGCAAGCGCGCAUGUCUUUGGAUUCAGGAUCUUCUGAUGGACCUGAAGAACCUCGAGAGGGCUCGUGAUGACAUGAGGUUCCGUGGUGUCAAGGGAACUACCGGCACCCAGGCCUCCUUCCUCCAGAUCUUCAACGGCAACCACGAGAAGGUCGAGAGGCUCGAUGAGCUCGUCACUCAGAAGAGCGGCUUCCGUGAUGCCUUUAUCAUUACUUCUCAGACCUACUCCCGCAAGGUUGAUGCUGACAUUGUCAACGUUCUUGGUUCCUUUGGUGCCACCUGCGAGAGAAUAGGUGGUGACAUCCGCCACCUUGCUUCCUUCAAGGAGCUCGAGGAGCCUUUCGAGAAGGACCAGAUUGGCUCGUCGGCCAUGGCCUACAAGCGCAACCCCAUGCGCUCUGAGCGCAUGUGCAGUCUGGGUCGCCACCUCCAGUCCCUGCCGCAGAACGCCCUUCACACCUACUCUGCGCAGUGGUUCGAGCGUACGCUCGACGACAGCGCCAACCGCCGCAUCACGCUCCCCGAGGCGUUCCUGACGGCUGAUGCGUGCACCCUCCUCCUGGAUAACAUCUUCUCCGGCAUGGUCGUCUACCCCAACGUCAUCAACAGCCGUGUCAUGCAGGAGCUUCCCUUCAUGGCCACCGAGAACCUGAUCAUGGCCAUGGUUGCCAAGGGCUACAGCAGGCAAGACGCACACGAGGAGAUCCGUGUGCUCAGCCACCAGGCCAGCCAGGUCGUCAAGGGCGAGGGUGGCCAGAACGACCUCAUUGAGCGUGUCAAGCAGACGCCCUUCUUCGAGCCGAUCCUUAACGAGAUUGACACCCUUCUCGACCCCAAGACUUUCAUUGGCAGGGCACCGGAGCAGGUCGCCAAGUUCACCGGCGCUGGCGGAGAGGUCGUUCGUGCGCUGUCCAAGUACGAGGGCAAGGUCCAGAUCGCCGAGGUCGCUGAUCUUCACGUUUAG